AUGACAAGCGAAGCGGAUGGAAGCGAUGAUGGCUCAACAACUACUAUAAUUUUCGAGAAUCUCAACUCUCCAGAACCUGAGACUCGACUAGAAGAUGAUAGAAGUUAUAAAUGCCCAGAAAAUCUAGUGAAAUGUUUAAUAAAUGGAAUUAUUGACGGAAAUGAAACGUAUUUGAAAGAUUCGGUAGUGGACCCAUCUCGUGUUUAUAAUCUUCCUGAUGCUAUAAAAGCGUGUGGCAACAAUUUUAAAGAAAUUGAUUAUAAAUUAUGCACAAAUUCAAUAGUCAAUGAUUUACCGAAAAUGCUUCGAAUGGCUGUCAAAUGCCAAGCGUUUCAAAGUCGGAAGCGUUUGUUUUUUGUGAUGAUCGGAUGUGUUCGAACAGUCCUCAUAGUUUACGAUCGUUCUCCAAAUUCACUAACAUUAUUUGAUUCGCACAAACAUUUAUGUUUCCCAUUGACUCACAUCAAACUUCAGUCGUACCCGAUUUUAAGAAGUCUUCUCGAAAAACCGCCAUUACAACAAAACUCCGCCAAAAGACGCGCCGAACUUUUCCUUUAUAUAAUGAGCGCUCUUGUUGAUACCACUAACACUAUUAGCAAGGAAGGCGAAACGACCGAAACAGUUCAGAAAGUUGCCGUUGAGAAGGCCUUGGAUACUGAGAGCGUCGACGCUAGUUCUCCAAUUGCUACGGAAGAAACUCCUGCUGUUCCAGAGAUGACGAGAGAAGAAAAGGAAAAGAACUUCAAGGACCACAUGACAUGUGGACGACGCUUCUUGAAGACGAACGAGUACAACAAAGCCGUCGAUGCCUUGAGCGCCGCCACCGAAAUUGCGGUUGACAUCUACGGAGAGUUUGCUGAAGAAACAUUCGAUCCUCAUUUCCUCUAUGGACAGGCUUUGUUUGAAGUUGCCAAAAUCGAAGACCAGGUCUUCUCCAACGCAAUGACCAACUUGCCAGUGCCAAAUGAAGAAGAUGCACAAGCCAACAACUCCAUCGAUGAAGAGCAGUACGGAAAUCCAGAAACACUCACAGAAGAAGAGCGUGAAGAAAUCAAGCAUCAAGUUGAGGAAGCACUCAUGGAAGAAGACAAGAUUGAAGAAGAUAAGGUUGCCGAAGAGCAGAAAAAGAAUGAAGAGCCGGCUGCUGAAGAAAUCACUGAAAAGGUGGCUGAAACUGAGGAGGCUAAUAAAGAGGCUACUACGGAGAGUAAGGAGGCAUCUGGUGAUGAAAAGGAAGAAGCUGAAGAAGCUAAUGAGAAGGAUGAAGGCACUGAUGGUGAGACUGCCAUGGAAACCGAAGAAGCUGAAGCUGAGGAAGAUGAAGAAGAGGCUUCUGCUAUGCAGACUGCAUGGGAAAUUUUGGAGUGCGCUCGUAAAAUUUGCGAUAAUCAACUUGAGAAGCUAACCGAGGAGUCUGUUGAGGAAGCUAAGAAAUGGCAUCUUCGCAAGGCUGAUGUUUUGAUUGUUCUCGGUGAAAUUCAAACUGCCGACGGCAAACACGAGGAUGCACAGAAGGAGCUUCAGAACGCUCUCGACGUUCAACUCAAACAUCUUCCGGAAUCUUCGAGAGUAAUCGCUCAAACCUACCAUCUUCUUGCCAAGGCUUUCCGCCAGGACGACAAAUUCGAAGAAGCUGCCGCAAAUUACGAGAAGGCCAAGAAUGUUCUUAUCGCAAAACAGGAAGAACUUAAGAAGCAGGUGGAGAGUGCUGUUGAAGAUGCCAAAAAAGAGAUUGAAGAAGAGCUAUCCGAGAUCGCUGAAAUUCUUCCAGAAAUGGACGCCUUCAUUGACGAUUCCAAGGCAUCCGCCGAACAGGCUAACAAGAUCAGAGAGACUUUGAAGAAGGAGCUCACGGGAGCUGUUCAGUUGCUUACCAAUCUCUCUGUAGAAAAUAAGGAGGAAAUCGCCGAAUCCGCUUCCGAUAUUUCCAACCUGGUUCGCCGACCAACGAAACGUCCAGCUUCAUCGGAGCCUACCGAAGACGACGCUGCCAAGAAGACCAAGACUGUCACGGAAGAUGAGACCGAGAAAACUAAAGAAACUGAGCACGAGGAUAAAACCGAAGAGACAACUACUGCAUAA